AUGGUCGCCGCCGGAUGCCGCCACACGAUUCUGCUGAGGAGCGACGGUGCGGCCGCGGCUUGCGGUGGCAACGCCGAUGGGCAGUGUGACCUCCCUUCCCUGGACUCGGGUUUGGCCUACUCGCAGGCCGCUGCUGGGCGUGCCCACACGGUCCUGCUCAGGAGCGACGGCGUGGUCGUGGCCUGUGGCACGAACGCCGUUGGGCAGUGCGACAUUCCGCCCCUGAACGCGGGCCAGUGUUACACGCAGGUUUCGGCAGGAUUCGGUCACACGGUGCUGCUCAGUGGCGACGGCACAGCGGUGGCCUGCGGCAGUAACAGUUGUGGGCAGUGCGACCUUCCGCCUUUGGACGCGGGCGUGGUCUAUGUCCAGAUUGCUGCUGGAGCAAGCCACACAGUCCUGCUAAGGAGCGAUGGCACUGCCACCGCUUGUGGUGACAACAACAGUGGACAGUGCGAUAUCCCGGCCUUGGAUGCAGGCGUUACCUACAGGCAGGUUGCAGCAGGAAGCUACCACACUGUCAUGCUCAGGAGCGAUGGCACGGCUGUUGGUUCUGGCUGGAACAUAGGCGGCCAGUGCACUCCUCCAGCUUUGAGCGCGCGCGUGACCUACACGCAGGUUGCUGCAGGAAUGUGCCACACUGUCCUGCUGAAGAGCGAUGGGCUGGCGGAGGCUUGCGGCACCAGUUGCAACGGAGAGUGCAACCUUCCAGGUUUGGAAGCAGGGGUAGCUUAUUCAAGACGUUGCCGCAGGCAUGUGCUAUACAGUGCUUCUGAGGAGCGAUGGCACAGCCACGGCAUGUGGCUGGAAUGA